AUUUCCAAACAGUAUCGAAAUUUUUAUCAUGAUACAAUCGUGAUUUGCAAUUUGAAGGAAAAUUAAGCUAAAUGGAUUUUAAAAAAAAAGCAAAACUGCUGCCUCACAUCUUUCAUUCGUAGUUCAAAAUAUCACAUUUUUUAACAUUGAAGCAUUUUUAACAUCAAAAAUAAUGUUAUUAAAAUAGUUGUUUGCUACUCCGAAAACAACCAUAAAUUAAAGAGUAGAGAUUUUACUGGCAUUACCAUUUUCUUUUUGUUUCUUUUCAAGUGUAAUGAAGUAAAAAGUUUUUAAAUCCUAUCGUGUACAUAAUAAAGAAGAAAAACAUCCUUCAAUUUUUGAAAUUGAGAUAAUGUGAAAUCUGAAUUUGUCAAAAUGAGAAUAAAACUGACUCCAAUUCAUGUGGCUUUCUUAGUUUUUGGUGCACUUAUACUUUGGUUUAUUAUGCAAAUGGCUGUUUUCAACUCUUGUUUGGAUACAAACCCUACACGUUCAACUAGUAUUUGCCCAUUAGACCAGGAUUCUCUUUUCCCACGUGCACUUCAUCAAAUAAAAGGAAAACCUGAAUGUGUUGAGAUGUUGAGAGAACUUCAGAAGUCUUUACAAACUAAAAAACCAACUAUUUAUAUUGUUACACCUACUUAUGCCAGGCCUGUACAAAAAGCAGAACUAACCAGAAUGUCUCAUACAUUGUUGUUAGUGCCCAAUAUUCAUUGGAUAGUUGUGGAAGAUUCUGAAAAUAAAACUAUUCUCGUGAAAAACUUUUUGACGAAAUCAAAGGUGUAUUAUACUCACCUCAAUAUACCAACACCACUUCCCGUAAAGAUGAAAAAAGAAGACCCCAGCUGGUUGAAGCCUAAAGGCGUCUUACAGCGCAAUUUGGCUCUUAACUACUUGAGAAGACACACCAGUAUUGAAGAGCCCGGUGUCGUCUACUUUGCUGAUGAUGAUAAUACGUAUGAUCUUGAACUCUUUGAAGAGAUGCGAUACACCAAAACUGUGUCAGUAUGGCCUGUUGGACUUGUAGGUGGACUCAUGGUAGAAAGGCCCCUUGUAAGAAAUGGCAAAGUGUAUGGUUGGAACACAGUGUGGAAAGCGAAUCGCCCCUUCCCCAUCGAUAUGGCUGGAUUUGCUGUGAAUCUCACUCUUUUGCUGGAGCAUCCUGAAGCCGGUUUCAGUUUAUCCAUCCCACGAGGUUACCAAGAAAGCAAUCUGUUAAAGAGUUUGGUAGGAAUAGAUCAAUUGGAGCCCAAAGCAGACAAUUGUACAAAGGUUCUGGUGUGGCACACACGGACUGAAUAUCCAAAAUUAAAGCAGGAGCUGAAACUGUCAAAGCCAUCUAAUCUUAAGAUUGAAGUCUAAACAAACUUUUAAUACCAAAGGGUUAAUGUUAUCUGUGAUAAUUGUAAAUAUGUGUACAAUUUUACUGUGCCAUUUGUAAAUAAUAACUGAAUUGAAACAUUGUAUGUAGUUUUUAAUAAAUAUGUGUUACUUAUUACCAACUUCCA